AUGAGCAAGGCAGUCGGGAUCGAUUUGGGCACGACCUAUUCGUGCGUUGGAAUCUUUCGCGAUGAUCGAAUUGAAAUUAUUGCCAAUGACCAAGGCAACCGAACAACCCCAUCAUUCGUCGCAUUUACAGACACCGAGCGUCUGAUAGGCGACUCAGCAAAGAAUCAAGUCGCCAUGAAUCCUACAAACACUGUUUUCGACGCCAAACGCCUCAUCGGACGAAAAUUCGCAGAUCAAGAGGUCCAGGCCGAUAUGAAGCAUUUUCCAUUUAAGAUCAUUGACAAGGGUGGAAAGCCCGUCGUCCAGGUCGAAUUCAAGGGCGAGGAGAAGAGUUUCACACCAGAAGAGAUCUCGUCGAUGAUUCUGACGAAGAUGCGAGAAACCGCUGAGAGCUACCUUGGUGGUACAGUCAACAACGCUGUCGUCACAGUCCCAGCAUACUUCAAUGACUCGCAACGCCAAGCUACCAAAGACGCCGGCUUGAUCGCCGGAUUGAACGUCCUUCGUAUCAUCAACGAACCAACAGCGGCUGCAAUUGCCUACGGCCUAGACAAGAAGACCGAGGGAGAACGCAAUGUGUUGAUCUUCGAUCUCGGAGGUGGUACAUUCGAUGUCUCGCUUCUCACCAUUGAAGAGGGUAUAUUCGAGGUCAAGAGCACGGCAGGAGAUACACAUUUGGGUGGGGAGGACUUUGACAACCGCUUAGUCAACCACUUCGUCAACGAAUUCAAGCGCAAGCACAAGAAAGACCUCUCAUCCAACAACCGUGCUCUCCGACGUCUCCGAACUGCUUGCGAACGUGCUAAGCGUACCCUCUCUUCAUCCGCACAAACUUCUAUCGAAAUCGACUCUCUCUACGAAGGUGUUGACUUCUACACAUCCAUCACACGUGCUCGCUUCGAAGAGCUUUGCCAGGAUCUCUUCCGAUCUACGAUGGACCCUGUCGAGCGUGUUCUCCGUGAUGCCAAGGUCGACAAAUCCUCCGUACACGAGAUUGUAUUGGUCGGUGGCUCCACACGUAUCCCCAAGAUCCAAAAACUCGUCUCCGACUUCUUUAAUGGCAAGGAGCCCAACAAAUCAAUCAAUCCCGACGAAGCCGUCGCCUACGGUGCUGCCGUACAAGCUGCUAUUCUCUCUGGUGAUCAAUCAUCCAAGUCCACUAACGAGAUCCUCCUCCUCGAUGUUUCGCCACUUUCCCUCGGUAUUGAGACUGCCGGCGGUGUCAUGACUGCUCUCAUCAAGCGCAACACAACAAUCCCUACUAAGAAGUCAGAAGUCUUCUCCACAUUCUCCGACAACCAACCUGGUGUGCUCAUUCAAGUCUUUGAGGGCGAGCGUGCUCGUACGAAGGACAACAACCUGCUCGGCAAAUUCGAGCUGUCUGGCAUCCCACCUGCGCCUCGAGGUGUCCCACAAAUUGAGGUCACCUUCGAUCUUGAUGCCAAUGGCAUCAUGAACGUCUCCGCUCUCGAGAAGGGCACUGGCAAGACCAACAAGAUCGUUAUCACUAACGACAAGGGCCGCCUUUCAAAAGAGGACAUCGAGCGCAUGUUGUCUGAGGCUGAGAAGUACAAGGAAGAAGAUGAGGCAGAGUCUAAGCGUAUCUCAGCCAAGAACGGUCUCGAGUCAUACGCCUACUCACUACGCAACACUAUCAACGAUUCCAAGGUUGACGAGAAGCUGUCAGCCGAGGAGAAGGAGACUCUUAAGUCUGAGAUCGACAAGACUGUCGAGUGGCUUGAUAACAACCAGACUGCCACCGUUGACGAAUACGAAGGACAACAGAAGACUCUCGAGGGUGUGGCAAACCCCAUCAUGGUCAAGAUGUACGGCGGUGCAGGUGGUGAGGGCGGUAUGCCCGGUGGUAUGCCUGGUAUGCCUGGUGGAAUGGGUGGCAUGCCCGGUGGCAUGGGCGGUGGAAUGCCCGGUGGUGCCCCUGGUGGCGCUACUCACGACGAUGGCCCAACUGUUGAAGAAGUUGACUAA